AUGGCAAAACGUUGGAUGGUUGGCAAUCAUGGUGGGAACAAUUGCACUGUUGGUUCUGCCAUCCAGCAAAUUACAGUGGUUUGUUCCCUUCUGCCUGCUUCUCCAGUUCAGACUCCUAGUCGAUUCUAUAGUCGAUGUAUUUCUUUGCCUUCUGUGGAGUCAGCCUCACCUUUGGACAAUUUUGGCCAGAUCUUCCACAUCAGACUUUUUUCUGGCUCUUCUCUCCCUGAUGAGGAACAGGUACUUCCUCAUUUUCUAUAUGCUACAGUCGUGAAUCAGAAGGCUGUGGAAUCAGGUUGGGCAGCCAAUCAUCAGAUGUUUGUUCCAUCUUGGCAACAGAUUCCAACACAGCGGGUCAUUCAGCAGCAAGUGUUGUCAGACUCAGAAGUUUGGAGUCGUUCCCUUGUUUUGGAGAAAGCAUCAUUAUUACCAGAACAAGCUGCAGUUAUACCUGUGUUCAAUUUUGUAAGAGCACAUGAGUGUUUCACUCAUAAGAAUCACACUUGUCUUGUGUUUGAAAUGUUGGAACAAAACUUGUAUGACUUCCUGAAACAGAACAAAUUCAGCCCUCUUCCUCUGAAGUACAUCCGUCCCAUCCUACAACAAGUGCUCACUGCUUUAUUGAAGCUAAAGCAACUUGGGCUAAUUCAUGCUGACCUGAAACCAGAAAAUAUCAUGUUGGUAGACCCUAUACGUCAUCCCUUCAGAGUAAAGGUGAUUGACUUUGGAUCAGCUAGUCAUGUUUCCAAGGCCGUGUGUUCUACUUAUCUUCAGUCAAGAUAUUACAGAGCUCCCGAAAUUAUUCUUGGCUUACCAUUCUGUGAAGCUAUUGAUAUGUGGUCCCUGGGCUGUGUGAUGGCUGAACUUUUCUUGGGGUGGCCCUUGUAUCCUGGGUCUUCUGAGUAUGAUCAGAUAAGAUAUAUCAGCCAGACCCAAGGACUGCCAGCAGAACAUAUGUUGAACAGUGCCACAAAAACAACUCGUUUCUUCUACAGAGAAACAGAUAGCAACUAUCCAUUCUGGAGGCUGAAGAUUCCUGAAGAGCAUGAAGCAGAGACAAAUAUUAAGUCCAAAGAAGCUAGAAAGUACAUAUUCAACUGUCUUGAUGACAUGGCACAAGUAAAUGUGCCUACUGACUUAGAAGGUGGAGAAUUGCUAGCUGAGAAGGCAGAUAGGCGGGAGUUUAUUGACCUUCUAAAAAGGAUGUUAACCUUAGACCAAGAGCGAAGGUUUACUCCUGGUGAAGCUCUGAAUCAUAAUUUUGUAUCUCUCAACCACCUUAUUGAUUAUGCACAUUGUAAUAAUGUGAAAGCUUCAAUUCAAACGAUGGAGAUGUUUCGCAGAAAAAGACAUACAUACGAUCAAAAUAGAAAUCAGGUUUCAGUUGUGAACAAUUUUAGCUCUUCUUCGAAUAACGUGGCUCUCACUUUCAACAACCUGCAGAACCAGUACCAGCUUCAGACUGCAAGUUUCUACCAACCUGCUUACCAGGUGGCACAGCCUCAGAGGGUUAACAUUUCUCAGCAACAGUCACAAGCUCGAGUUAAUGGACCAAGACAUCAGUAUGCUGUUCAAGCUGCAGAUCCUUUUCAUCAAGCUUCUCAGUCUUUAUGUGUUUCAUCUUUAUUAUGCCCUCCAUAUCGAGGGUUAAACUCUCCAGCGAAGCACAUGGUACCAAUGGUUGCUCAGGCUGCCCAGGCUUUACAGAUUCAACCCUCUCUGCUCACACAGGUGGGCACCCAACAGUACGUGCCUGUGUCUGUGGUUGAGCAGAAUGGAAGGCAGAUGCUUCUAACUGUAAGUUUUACUUGUUGGAGCUUGGGAAUGCUUGAAAAAGUGCACUUCCUAAAAUCACAUAAAGAUACUGGAAACUCUGUGUAUGUUGCAUCAAAGAAAAGAAGAAUAGAUGACCUGAUCUGUAUUGAGUACGGGAAUCCAAAUCAAGUUAGUGAUGUUACUUCAACAAGUGGACUUUUGGCUGAGCCUAAUGCAAUUGGAGUAAAUAUUGUGGGUGACCAGAACCAGAGCACUAGUGUAAAUUCAUGCAUUGUGCCUUCCAUAAAUAACCACUAUGGUUGUCGACAGACCGCCAAGAAUGGGGCACUGGCUGCAUCCCAUGGAGCACAACAAAACUUUGUUCGUGCUUCAGCAAUCAAACUGCUGCACACUUAUCAGGUAGCAACCAUCACCAAGCAGCGGAAUGGUUUGAAACGUAAGUCAGAUGAGCUUGAUGAUGUGUCAGAUUUACAACAAUGUGUGUUACAGCCCUAUCAAGCCAAACAAGUAGAAGACAGAAUUACAAAUCAUCGUCAUCAGGUGCAUCCUAACAGCCAUCAUAAAAGUGCAUCCACUGCCACAGUACCAACAACAACCUCAACAAAUAAAUUCACAAUAGCAAAUUCAACUAUCACCACGGCGCCUGCAACAUCAAAAAACAGCUCCUCGACUAGCGAGGGGGAUUACCAGCUUGUACAACAUGAGGUUUUAUAUUCAGCCACAAAUCAGUAUGAAGUGCUGGAGUUUUUGGGAAGAGGAACCUUUGGUCAGGUGGUUAAAUGCUGGAAGAAAGGGACCAAUGAGAUUGUAGCCAUUAAGAUUCUAAAGAACCAUCCUUCCUAUGCACGCCAAGGUCAGAUUGAAGUGAGCAUUCUACACAGAUUAAGCCAGGAGAGUGCAGAAGAAGCUACAACACUUACAGCUCCAGGUCUUCAGCCUCCAUGGGGAAUAGUUGCAGCUAACCCCAACCCUGGUCACUGCUAUGUCCAACAGCAAGCUGUUAUGCCCCAUCAUGGUGGGAAUGGGGCAAUACAGGUGGUUUCAUCUAAAAGAGUUACCAAAACUCGGACUGUGAAAGAGAAGGAAGUGAGUAGCACCCAGUUGUCACCUCAGAAGAAACGUAUCAAGGAAGGAACACCACCAAAGUGGGAUACUGUUGUCCAUGAAACAGGCACCUACCAUUCAAAUGCAGUGACUUCUAGUGGUGGCACUGAUGGACAUUGCACAAAUCAACAUCUUGGAGGAGUUCACUGGUCUCAUGAAGUGAAACCAGGAAGAAAUAUGUCAAAAAAAGUGACUUACUGUCCUGACAGAGAAAAGCAUCGUCAGACUAUUGUGAUUAGAGAUACACCUAGCCCUGCAGUGAGUGUAGUUAUUUUGAGCUCUGAUUCAGAAGAAGAAAGUGAAAGCCCCACAUGUUGUAAAAGCAAAAGUUUGCUUCCAAGCAGAGAUAAGGAAACAAAAUCAAAGAAUGUCAUAGACUCGGUAUUAAGGACUUCAGUUGCUGCCACAACCUGUGCAAGUGUUCUUCCAUUAACCCCUGAAUCUGAAAGUGGAUUAUGCAGCAUCCAAUCCACACCAAGACAAGCUCAUCUUUCUUUACAUAACAACAAAAAUCAAGAGAGGGGAAAUUAUUGCACCAGAAAAAAUAUAGUUAAUUGUGUCAUAGUACCAGACUCCGAUUCAGAAGGACAAUACAGCCCAGUUCAACCUCUUCCAAACUUUACUACAAAUGUAAUGGUGAAAGUAAUCAAGCCAGAACCACAAACAGACAGGAGCUGUGCUGUAAAUCUACCACCAUUGGUCUCACAGAAGAAACAACUUCUUGCAAAGGCCCAGUCACAGACUAACAAAGAAGUAUAUGGUCAGUUAGUCUUUCAGUCAAAUGUCAUCCCUUCCCUCCCAGCAAAACGUGAAGUAGUCAGUGCAGGGGAAGAACCUGUAGCAGUUGUUCGUCGUGGUUAUGGACCAUCGUCAGGAACGGGAAGAGUGGUGAAUAUAGACUACUCUAGUCAGCAUGGGUGUGAGAGGGAAUCCUUUUCACUUUAUGCUCAUCACCAGGUACAAAACUUGGAAGGAGAGAAGCAAAUUAAGUGUUCAACAUCACCUGUCGCUGUGAGAGAUGGGAGAACACUAGUUACAAGGAGUGCUACCCAAUUAGUUAACAGUGUUUUGGGGACUGGAAAUACUGUAAGACAUGUUAGCUCUACAGCACACCUUUCUCCAGUUCAACAUGUGGGACAGUCAUUUUAUCUGACUACUGAUUCACAAGCUGAUAUCUACAGGGAAUAUUGUCAACCAACAGUGUACAUGACUUCCAGCCUAACACAACCAGCAUAUAUCCCAUCCAUUAAUCAGCAGAAAUAUGUUCUUACACCUGGGACUGGAAGAUCAUUUCCUGCUGCCCAACUACCAGCUCCUCCUCCAGCUCACCACCAUACUAGCCACCGAUCAGUCAUGGCAGCCUCAGUACCAUGUGCUGCAGCUCAUCCUCUGCCUGCCCACAUGCAACCAGCUAGUGCUACAGCUGCUAUACUUCCCAGUUCCUCUGCGUCUCAUGCAUCAUUUUCCACUGUUGCCCAACAAGUGGCACCACCUCCUCCUUAUGGCUAUAGUGUAAACCCAUUAAGCCCAGGGAAGUCCCAGUAUCAACACCUGUACCACAUGUUUGGAGAUGUACAUGGUCACGGUGUACCUGAAGUUUGAUGGUCAAUAUUCUUUGACCCCAUGAAUAUGAACUCUGAAGGAGAAUCAUAAACUUGGAAUUGUUCAUUGAUUUAGUUUGUUUUUUUUGAGUUUUGAACAGAAAGAAAGGGGUAAUUAUUGUUUUAAUGUGAGCAGCAAGAAUUUAUGUUAAUGAAAGAAGAAUGUCAAAGAAUUAAACCAGUAGAGUUUGUUUUAUGUAUUAUGUUCUCAUAUAAACAUAAAAUCAAUGUUAUUUUGUUGUCUUAUAAUAAUUUUCAACUGAUGGGUAAAUUUGGAAAUAUGAUUUGUAGGAAUAUAUAAUAUAUUUUAUAAUUGUUUCAGUAUGAACAGCAAAAAAUUAGGUUAAGAAAAGAAAACCUGAACAAUUUCUUUUGUAUUAAGUCCUCACAUAAACACAAAAAUCAGUGUUAUUUUGUUGAUUUUUAAUUAUUUUAACUAAUGGCUAAAUUUUGAAAUAUGAUUUAUAGGAAAAUAUCUAUUAUUGUCAUGAAAUAUGAUUUUAAAUAUGUUUUAUCUCAACUGCUUAUUUUUUAUUACUAUGUUUUGAAAAAGCUUGUAUAAGUCGUAGAAAUAUGCUUUGUUGCCUCAAUAUUUGAUUUAUAAUGAGUUGUUUUGGAUCAAUAAACAUAUAUAAAUAUGUUUCUUUUUGUACACUGAUUUUGCUUUUGUAGCAAAUGAUACUUAACAAGUGGAAUUAAGGUAGGAACUAUUUAUUCAUACAUGAUAUCCCAUACUUAAACAAUUUCAGUUCAAAAACAUUUAGUUGACUAGUAUAUUAAGGGUGUUAAUGUUAUUUCUAAAAUGUAGGAUGGAAAAUGUUUUAUUAGUUGCUUCUAAGUUUUUGAAAAUUGAUUAGAAUUUAACUUGUAUGGAAAAAAGUAGUUUCUGCAAAUACAAUUUUAAGUACUUGUAGAAUAAAUUUUAAUUUUGUCGAAGAGAAAACUUUUUAAUUUGCAUUUCUGUUCACAGAAA